AUGGCGACGGAUACUUCCAAGUAUAAGUUUAUGCACACGAUGAUUCGGGUCAAGGACCCGAAGAAGUCCCUGGAAUUCUACAAGUUCCUGGGCCUUAACCAGGUCAAUCAGAUCGAUUUCCCUGACAACAAGUUCUCCCUUUACUUCCUUGCCUACGACGGACCCCAGUCUCUCCAGGGUGAUCGCCACUUCACUGACCGUAACGGUGUCUUGGAACUCACCCAUAACCAUGGCACCGAGAACGAUCCCAACUACAGCGUGGUCAACGGUAACACGGAGCCUCACCGCGGCUUUGGACACAUUGCUGUCUCCGUUGAUAACAUCGAGGCCGCUUGCAAGAGACUUGAGGAUGCCGGUUAUCCCUUCCAGAAGAAGCUCACAGAGGGUCGUAUGCGCCACAUUGCGUUCGUCAAGGAUCCCGAUGGAUACUGGGUCGAGAUUAUCCGCCGCCACAAUGAGGAUGUUGGCACCACGACUGAUCCGUCCACAUACCGGCUGAACCACACCAUGCUCCGUGUCAAAGACGCCGAAGCCAGUUUGAAGUAUUACCAAGAAGUCUUCGGGAUGACGCUACUGCGCACUGUCGAAAACAAGGAUGCCGGGUUCAACCUUUACUUCUUGGGUUACCCUGGCGCUAACCCUGGACUCCGGGAGGGUGCCUCCAACCCAAUUUCCGAGUGGGAGGGUCUGCUCGAGCUGACCUGGAACUAUGGCACCGAGAAGCAGGAGGGCAAGGUUUACCACGACGGUAACUCGGAGCCGCAGGGAUUCGGGCACAUCUGUGUCUCGGUCGACGACCUCCAUGCAGCCUGUGAUCGGUUCGAGUCGCUGAAUGUGAACUGGAAGAAGCGUCUCACUGAUGGACGGAUGAAGUACGUGGCCUUCAUCCUGGAUCCUGAUGGAUACUGGAUUGAGGUUGUCCAGAACGAGGCCCUCAAGCACACCGGCAACUUGUGA